CAAAGAAAAUACGGUGUGGUCGAAUGGACGGACAGCCAGAGCCCAACCAAAAGCGUGCUGCUGACUAAGCUUAUACUUCGUAUCAACUCCAAUCCUUCUUCCUGCUCGAAUUUCAUUCAACUUCUCUCCUGAAUCAACUUUCAUCUCGAAGCCAUGAUUUCUUCCACACUAUGUUCUAACCGGAACCCAUUAGUCUUAGACAAAUCAAGAACUCAAAAUUCAAUAAAGUUUCGAUCUUUUUCACAUUCCAAGCUCGUUUCAUGCCCACCAAAUGCGGGUAAAGUUCACAAGUGUUGGAGGGCCACGCAUAAGGAACUGAUAGUAGUAGAAGAUGGUGGAACUCCUCCUCCUCCCAAUAAUGCCAAGAAAAAAGUUGUGGUUGAGGAGGCCCGCGGCGGGCAUUGCGGUGGUGCUCCGGCGGGAAGACAACAAAUGUUGAUCCUGUGUGGGUUUGGAUAUUGGAUUCAAGGGUUCAGGUCAUAUCCAUGGCUGGCUCUCAAUUUCCACAUGGCUAAUGGGAUGAAUAUGCACCCUUCUCAAUUGCAGCUUGUCCAGAAUACAGGCAACCUCCCUUUUGUGGGCAAGCCAUUGUAUGGAAUUCUGUCUGAUGCUCUUUACAUUCUUGGUGCUCAUAGGUUGCCUUACAUAUCCUUUGGAGUUUUCCUCCAGGUUAUAGCAUGGUGUCCAUUAGUACUAAUAUCUUCUGCAAGUGAAGCAUUCCCAUCUCUCAUGGCAUCUAUUCUUCUAAGCAACCUAGGAGCUUCAAUCACAGAAGUUGCCAAUGAUGCUCUAGUGGCAGAAUAUGGUCAGAAAAACAAACUGCCCGGAAUCCAAUCCUAUGCAUUCAUGGCUUCAGCUAUCGGUGGCAUGCUAGCCAACUUACUAGGAGGAUAUUUCUUACUCAAAACUAGACAACCCAAAGCCAUGUUUCAAGCCUUUGCAUUUUUACUUGCAUCCCAAUUAGCAAUGUCUGUAUCAAUGAGAGAAGAAUCACUCGGCUUGUCUCCAAAUAAUAAUAGUCUAAGGAAAUCAAUCCCGGAAAGUAUAAAAGAGCAGUUUUCUGAUCUAAUGGUUGCCAUUAGAGAUGAAAACAUCUACCGCCCUCUUAUAUGGGCCGUUCUAUCCAUUUUGACUGUCCCGGUCCUAUCCGGUUCUGUCUUCUGCUAUCAGACUCAGUGUUUGAAUUUGGAUCCAUCAGUUAUUGGGUUGUCAAAAGUGACAGGUCAGUUGAUACUUCUCUCCAUGACACUUCUUUACAACCGGUUUGGCAAGAACAUCCCUAUGAGAAAACUGAGUGGCGUUCUCCAGAUUCUGUAUGCUUCCUCUCUGCUUCUGGAUCUUGUUCUAGUCAAACAGAUGAAUAUCAAAAUGGGAAUUCCCAACGAGGCCUUUGCACUUUGCUUUUCAGGCAUCGCAGAGACGGUUUCUUCAUUCAAGCUCCUACCUUUCUAUGUGUUCAUCGCAAGUUCAGCUCCAUCGGGAUGUGAAGGAUCACUGAUGUCAUUCAUGGCAUCAGCGUUGUGUUUAGCGUCAAUAAUUAGCGGGCUUUUAGGGAUUGGAUUGGCUUCUUUACUAGGGAUAACGGUUGGAGAUUACUCAAGUCUGCCUCUUGGGACAGUAAUUCAGUUUCUUGCUGCUUUGGUGCCUCUCGGAUGGCUUAACCUUUUGCCAACGUCACAACCCUCGUCUGAAAAAAGGAGGACGGGUAGUGGAAGCAAACGGAGAAGGAGAAAUAGGAGGGUAGGAAGAGUUGUAAUUGGCUCUAUCUAUUCUUAUAGGCGAGAGCGACAGUCGGAUUUGCAAAUAUGAGACAUUUGAGUGAGAGCUUGGCAUGGAACGGCUAAAUCUUGUGUUAUUUAGUAAGAAAACUCAUGUUAAGGCUUCAUGGAAUGUAGAUAAGACGUCCUUUCUAAAACCGUUAUACUGUGAGAACUCUGUUACAAAAUUCAAUUCAUUUACAGUACCCAUUACAGUCAGAUUAGUAUAGCUCCAUUAUACUGUUAGAACUCCUUAUAUCAGGUUCCCGUUCUUAUUAUCUUAUGUACAGCUCUUGUUUAGCAACGACUAGUCAAACAUCUUUUUUUGA